AUGGUGUUGGCAAAAUCCAAAAACUCCGUGGGGCUCGGCCAGAGCCUCAUGAACGAUCGGUUCGGUAAAGGCAAGGCCUCGAGCAUGAAAAAGGCGUCGCAUAAUGCCGCCAUCGCACGCAAGGACAUGAAUGGCGAAACCUACAUUACCCCGGGCUCCAAGGAGGCAUCAUGGGUCAAAAUGCGCAGUAUCACGGAGCAGGCAGCCCUUGACGAGUUUUUGACGACUGCCGAACUUGCCGGUACCGAUUUCACGGCCGAGAAGAUGAACAACGUCCAGAUUAUCCAUACCGAUCAGAAGAAUCCUUACCUGCUUUCUGCCGCCGAAGAGAGAUCCGCUAUUCGGAAGCACAAGAAGAACAAGGGCCGACUUACGGUGCCGCGUCGCCCGCAUUGGGACCAGACAACGACCCGCAACGAAUUGGAUACUAUGGAGCGUGAGAGUUUCAUGGACUGGCGUCGGGGGCUCGCGGAACUGCAGGAAAACAACGACUUGCUGAUGACGCCCUUCGAACGGAACCUCGAAGUUUGGCGCCAGUUGUGGCGAGUUAUUGAACGGUCCGACAUCGUUGUGCAGAUUGUCGAUGCGCGGAACCCUCUGCUCUUCCGCAGCGAGGAUUUGGAACUUUACGUCAAGGAAAUCAACCCGAAGAAGCGCAAUCUGCUGCUCGUGAACAAGGCCGAUAUGCUGACGGAGAAACAACGAGAGAUGUGGGCGGACUACUUUGAGAAUAAUGGCAUUAGCUUCCGAUUCUUUUCCGCGCACCUGGCUAAGGAGAAAAACGAAGCGCGGCUGAAUGAGAGCGAGAGCGAGAGCGACGAGGAGUCGUUGGCGGAAGAGACGGAGGCGCUUGAUCUACAAGACGCCGGUGACAAGGAAGCAGACGGCGGCGUGGAACUCUCCAGCGAACCGGCAACCUCCAAGCGAACCAACAUCCUCGACGUCGAUGAGCUAGAAGAGCUGUUCCUCUCCAACGCCCCAGAAGUCCUUGAAGAGGAACCCAACGACGAAGAUGACGCUCCGAAGCCACCAAGAAAGACAAUCAUCGGCCUUGUCGGUUAUCCCAACGUCGGAAAGUCAAGCACAAUCAACGCUCUUCUCGGCGCCAAAAAGGUCUCCGUUUCCUCUACCCCUGGUAAAACCAAGCAUUUCCAAACCCUCUACCUCUCUCCCGAGAUUAUGCUCUGCGAUUGCCCCGGUCUCGUCUUCCCCAAUUUCGCCACAACAAAAGCCGAACUCGUCGUCAAUGGUGUCCUCCCGAUCGACCAGCAGCGUGAAUUUACUGGUCCCGCCGGCCUCGUCGCCCAACGUAUCCCCAAGCACUUCCUUGAGGACGUCUACGGCAUCACAAUCAACACACGCCCCGUCGAAGAAGGCGGCACAGGCAUCCCUACAGCGCACGACGUCCUCCGCGCCUAUGCGCGCGCCCGCGGGUUCGCAACAACAGGCCAGGGCCAACCCGAUGAAUCUCGCGCUGCUCGCUACGUCCUCAAGGACUACGUCAACGGCAAGCUCCUUUUCUGUCAUCCACCGCCACCGCUAGACGGCCCGGACGGCGAACCCAUCGACGAAGUCGAAUUCAACAAAGACCUCUACGAUUGGGAGCAUCUCCCACCCCGCCGCCAAGCCAUGCUCCUCGCCGCUCAACAAUCGCAAUCGUCUUCAAAGGCCCCCAUCGAAGGCCUGAAAUCUCGAACGGUCGACAAGGGCUUUUUCGGUCCCGGCGCGGAGUCCUCAGGCGGGAAACUCAACCUUCCCUUCAACGCUAAGUAUACCGAGCAAGGGAAGGAGAUCCGUAAACCGCUUACGGGACGAAAGGAGCGUAUUAUGGUUGCGCUGGAGCGCGGUGUCGAUGUUUCGGAGGUGAGAGGGAACUCGAAGAAGCAUUUCAAGGUUAAGCAUAAGAAUCAGAAGAAGGCGAGAAAGGGACCUGUUGAUGAUGACUACUGA